GUGCAUAUGUGUGAGAAGGAAGAUUCAGUGCUCGCAAGGCCACUGAUUUUUCUUUUCCUGUUAGCUUGCACAUAGUGAAAAUCUCAAAGUUAAUGUUUCGAAUUGGAAGAAAGAAAUACAGGACUUCAUUAGUUAAUCACUCUAUCUGUGGCUCUCAAGGAUUACUUACCAGAGAGUGAUCUAGUUGAUACGGCAUUUGUCAUUUCAGAGAAGAUGCCAUCUGUUUUCAACCAAUGGGAGAUCAAGGGCCAUUAAAUAAAUGUUCAUGCUUCAAAUUCUAGAUGGAGGCUAGAUUAGAUUGUGUUAUUCAGCCUUUCAAUGAGAGUUUUAGAGAAAACUCAUAUGGUAUCUAGCUUGCAGAAUAAUUCUCUACUUUUACAUGCUUAAAAAAAAAAAAAAAACACCUUCAUUCUUAAUCUAUUCUUCAGCCAAUAGCACUUUAGUAGUCUGUGGUUUGAGUAAAAGAGUACACAGAGCUUCUAUUUCUCUUAGCUUAUGGCUUAGCACUAAAAUAUUCCACUGAUGUCCAACCCUUUCUUGAAAUGUUCCUUUAUAAUUUUGACAUACCUUGAAGGGAGGGAGAGAAAAUGAGAGGUGGGUUUGGAAAAUUUCAGAAAAUUUAAAUUUUUUGUGGGGAGAGAUUGUAGGGAAAAUGUGAUUUUUCCUCUGCCACCCAAAAUUUUACUCCCAGUCUUCCAAACAAAAACUCAAAGAAUUUGCAGAUGAAUAUUUUAACAUUCGUUUAGUCCUUAUACAUGUGCUAUUCUAAAGGACUAGUCAGUCUUUCAGUGCUUCUGACUAAUUCCUUCAUACUAUCUUAAUGCCCUUUUUGCCUUCUUUAACUUGAGAAGUGCUUGGAAUAUGGAAGGACUGAAGGACUAAAGCCUGUGCAAGCUGUUUUUUCUUUAAUCAUAAUGACUGAUUUGAUCCAUUGGAAUUCUUUAAGAAAACAGAAGGGAAUAAUUUCAUGCUUGUCUUUGCAAAAUCACGAUCUUCACCUUGACAACAAUCUGGACAUUUUGGGAGGACUACACCUGUUUGGAUGUUACCCAGUGCAUAUUACACAAAGCAAUCAUAAAGGUCGCUACAAAGUUCCUCAAGCCUACUUUAUGUGGUGGCCUGACACCAUUUCUUACCCUUGGGGCCCAGGCAAGCAUUUGGUGUAAAAAGCAUCUACAGAUGACGACUAUGUCAAUGGAGGAGUCUCAAGAGGAAGAACAUUGCAAGAUUUUUUAUGUGCUGCUUCUAGAAGUACUGCAUUUCUGCAGUGCAAGCUUCACUGCUUUGGUGCAGAAUCCUUUGCUAGCAGACAAUACACUAAUGAACAUCGUGGAGUGUUCAUUAUUGGAACAACUAAAUUUAACAAAAGAUUUAUUGUCAGAUAUAGAGAGAAUCCAAUCCGUAAGCUCAGAAAUAGUGAAGGUUGCACAUACAGUCAUCAAUUCGAUUGUAAAAUUAUGCGAAGAUUAUUGCCAAUCUGGGAACCAUUUGCGAGCAAGAUCUGAGAAAGACCAGAGUACUAUGGAUACAGAAGGGGCUGGUGACAUAAACUAUGUUGCUAACAUGGCAAAACAUACAGUAGAAAAGCUGUGCGAAUUGGGAACUAUUGCAGCUAGUGGUGGUGGAAGUCUGGUCAGCAUUCUGAAUGUCACUUGGAAAGGUGUUGUCACACUUGUUCAGAUAGGAAAAGCAGCAUUAGAAGUCGAUUUUAAUGUAGCAGAUAUAAUUUUGACUCUUAUUUCAUUAGCCAAUGAAUCUCUGAAAUGUGCAGCUGAGAAUUGGUCUUUGCUGAAGGAAUCUAUUUCUCAAGCAGAAGCUAGACGGUCCUUUGUUCCUGUAAAAUUUUACCUUGUAAAUGCUGUGAAGAUAGCCUCCCUGUAUCCAUGUCAAUCGUAUGGUGUUCACAGGCAGUUAACACACUGUGCCCUGAUGAUUGCAAAUUUGAAAAUUCAAAUGUGCCUUGAAGAGCACCUAAAAAUUGCUAGCGAGGUGUUGUCCAAACUUCUGGAUCAAAUAUCCAUGAAUUUAUUCAACUCCUUGCUGAAUUCUGAUGAAGUAAACCAGGAGAUGAAGUUUGAAAUUCUGGAUUGUUUGUUCAGUGAUGAGACCUAUGUCGAUGAGAACUCAAAUGAUGUUUGUUGCACAAAGGCAGUGGAUAAAAUCUUUUCAGCAAACUCCAAGGUUAUGUUUGGGACAAGACUACCUUCGCUUGGCCGGUUUCUGUUAUUUGCUUGUCUCCUGAGAUCUUCUUCUGAUAUUGAGGGAGAUGUACGACUUGGGAUAACCAGAAAGCUCCAAUGGCUGUUUGACAUACUUGUCCAUGAAGAAGUAUAUCCUUGCAUCCUCUCAAUGUCGAUACCCCAACUAUAUGGUACUAAGAAGACCCCAGAGUUGGUAUGGGAGACUGUGUUUGCUUCUCUUGUACAUUCCCUCAAGUCUUUCAUGAUUGUGGCCUCCUCUAGUACCGCAUGGGGAGAUGUGGAGGCUUUCUUGCUUGACAACUUCUUCCAUCCUCACUUUCUUUGUUGGGAGAUUAUAAUGGAGCUGUGGUGCUUUAUGAUGCGCUAUGCUGAAACCUAUGUGGUAAAUGACAUUAUUGAUAAACUCUGCUCAUGUCUCAAAUUUGUGUCUUCUGUCGAAGCUGUUUUUGUUGAUGAUUCUUCCCUGAGAAGAGUGGCCAGAUCAAUAAGUAUGCUGGUUUCUUGUGGUACAACUUCUGUGGCAGACAGGGUUUAUAACUUUGUUACUAGCGGGGUUGUAUCUCUGUCUUCAUCAGUCAUGACUGUAGCCUUGCUUGUGGAAGGUUUUCCGCUGAAUUUGCUUUCAGACAAACUGAGAGGCAUCGCUAAACAAAGGAUAAUCAGUGACUAUGAUGAAUUCAUUGGAGGUUUUAGUGGCAUGCUCGUCAGCACUUGCCCUUCUAGGCUGCUGGGGGCUCCACUCUUUGUGUUGUGUGCUUCUUUGCCAUCUCUCCAGAUUGCCGAAUCUGACAUUGACAAGAAGACACUAAAGUUUCUAGCCGAUAUUCUGCAGAGCUGCACCUGUUCUCCAGAGCAUGUGGCAAGUGACAUUUGCCUUAAGCUUUUGGGUCAAAUGCUGGCGGUAGUUUCUAACAUGACACAUCUAUAUACAUGUAAUGGCAUGGACGAAGUCAUCAUGAAGCUGCAAAACCUGUUUAUCACAAGGCCAUUGGCAGCUGAUGCCAAGUUGUACCAGUGCAAAGUUGAAUUGGCUCUUUUCAUGGCAGGACUUGGUCAUAUAGAAAUGGAAGAAAGAGAUGGCUGUCCGAAGAGCUCUGCCAUUUGGGAGCUGUAUCACAUGUUACUCAGAGAACAGCACUGGGCUCUCAUGCAUUUGGCAAUUAAAGCAUUUGGACAUUUUUCCGCGAGAACCUCCUGCAAUCAGCUUUGGAGAUUUGUGCCUCAAAAUGCUGCUCUAUCAUAUGAUUUAUUGCAAGGGAAUGAGGCAAAUGAGGAAAGAUUUAUGUCUGAAUUCAAGAAAUUUCUUGAGAAAGAAGUUGCCCUUAUUAAAACUUUUCCAUGCACUGAGCAGCUUCAGAUGCUGAGGAAAGAAGCUUUAAUCCUUAAGGUCACAGCUCAAAAGAGUCAAAAUAUUGAUGUGGAAGCUACGAGGCACAAAAAAAUGGAAAUGAUUUGUGAAAAUAGAUCCAACAAGAAGAGGAAGGUUCCUGAUGAGAUCAGCAAGGGUGUUGAAUUGCUGCAGAGUGGUUUGAAGGUCAUCUCUGAUGGUCUUUCCCUGUGGGAGAAGGCUGAGGCUAGCGCCUCAGAACUUCAUGAUAACUUUUUAGUUCAUUUUUCUUGCCUUGAGGAUGUGAUUACUCACUUAGCUGGCCUUGCUCGUAUCGAUUAAUGUUGUGGAUUAAUACUGCCUGCUAGAAAUACUUUGUAAACAGACUAACAUGAGGUCUCAUCCUCUUUCACUGUUUACAUAGAAAAGAUCACUGCCGUAUAAAUUCAGUGUUAGAUCAGUUCAGUCCUCUGUUUCAGAAGUGAAAUCAACUACUCAAUUACUCACUUGGACAAGAGGGAAACCAAUGUUUCAACGAGACAUGCUGGGAUGGUGCAGUGAUUUUUCUGGUCCAUGUUCCGCAAAUUUAAGUUAGGUACAUCAUUUUAAUUUAAUUUGGCUGGGACUAUGCCAACCAUGGAGAUGUUUUUUGAAUGACUUUGUACGGUUGGCAUGUUGUGGGUACAAAGUUGCAAGAUUCUCUCCUGUCUAUCAGCAUAUGUUACUGUGUUGGAGUCUUGGAGACAGAAGAAAAGUCAUCCACUCCAUCAGGAAACCAAAGGAAUUUCCUGGUAAUUAUAUUUACUAGGAUUAUAUGGGGGCAUUGCUUGUAGCAUUGUAUAUGUUGUGUGGAAUUUUUACAGCGAGUGGCAUUUCAUGGUA